AAGUUGAGCCAAACAUCAAAAAUCAGCUGUCAAAGAUUUCUGAUGGCACCGAUUUCCUGAUGCGAUGGAAGAACUGCACCUCUCCGAAGCGCUGCAACGUUACUUUUGCGACCUCUUCGUCUGCUGCGACGACGAGAAGUCCGGGAAGGUCAACGUUAACAAAUUGUUGGACAUAAUCAAGUCUGGAUGUAUCCCAGAAGAGGUUAUAGAUAAGAUUGCUGAGAUAUGUUGGUCACAAACAACAAAUUAUUUGAAUCGGAAGCAGUUCUGCUAUGCCCUGAAAUUGGUUGCAGCCCAUCUGGUCAAUAUCCCUGUCACAUCUGAGGUGCUAGGAAUAUACAUGGAUGGUCCACUGCCCAGAUUCAAUUGGCCCCAGAUUGAGGGCCAAUCAGAUCUAAUCGAAUUGAGAAGUGCCGAUUAUAGGGAACAUGUUGAUCCAGUCAGCACAGAUUCAGAGGUGGACAGUGAGACUUUGAGCAUUGGAAGGAAUGGCAGCCCAUCGAGCACUGCAUCUGACAGUCCAACACCAACAAACAGUGUGCAAGAUCGCAGUUGGGCUAUCAGUGGGACAUGGCAAGGACUUGUCUCUGAAGAACAAAGACAGCUAUUAGGGACUGAGGAGGAAUCCUCUGAUAGACACAGUAGUGAGGAAGAUACGGAGGUAUCGAACGAAGUAUGGACAAUAACAUCGGAGCAGAAGGAGUAUUACACGGCGCAGUUCAGAUCGCUGCAAGCGGAUACGAACGCCCUGUUGGCGGGUCCGAUUGCUCGAAUGUUCUUCGAGAAGUCUCGUCUUCCGGUGCAAGAGCUUCGUAAAAUCUGGCAACUAGCCGAUGUGACGAAGGACGGUGCUCUGAGCUUGGAGGAGUUCAAUACUGCUAUGCACUUGGUGGUGCUCAGGAGGAACCACAUCGAAUUACCGGACGUGCUGCCAAUGCAGCUGAUUCCGGGCAACGAAACCCCCAUGUCGGUAACCCCCGAAACAGAGCCCAUUCUGAGUCCCCAGACGAAGGACACCGCCAAAGAGUGGACGAAGUUCUUCGAGAGUCCGACGAACAGCGUCUCUUCGCCAGGACCGAAACCAGUCAAUUUCGAUUUCCAGCAAGGAGCGGUGGACAAGGAUCCGAAGAUCCUGCAUCCCGUGGCGCUGCGCCUGACGCCGGAAGUGUUGGCCGCACAAGCGGAAGAUGAUGACGGGAACAGUCCGAAGAAGUUUCUCGAGAAUUCCCAACAGAUCACCGCCAUCCAGAGGCCGCAACCUAAGAAGUUCAAUUUGCCGGGCCCCGGUGCUAUACCUCCGCCGCCCCCACCAAACAGCACGAACAUCGCCGAAGAUGGUCCGGUAAGUCUGCCCGCAUUCCCUCCGCCCAAGAAGGAGAAACCUCCGCCGCCACCACCCAGGCCCUUCAAGACGCACGGCAGAAGUUCUAGCUUGGACUUGAAUCGUCUCAACAAGAACCUCGCGCCUCCGUCCGUGCCGCCCAGGGUCAGUCCGAACGUGCAGCAGAGCGCCAAGAAGCUCGUAAACCAAAAAUCCGAAGGCGAUUGCGGCGCGAAGGCGAACGAGGGUGAGUUCGCGAAUUUCGAACAGUUCGAGAAGUACGAGAACGUGACGGACGAGAUAUUCCCGGGAGAUCAGUACGAGGCGGAAAGGAAGAAACUCUUUGCUCAGUUCUCCGUGCAGGAUGGUGGAGGUGUCAGUGUAGGCGCGGAUGCGACGGACGCCGCUCCCCGCAAGCACGGCGCGUUCGAGGUCUACAGGAAACCUACACCCAAGAGCAGAGACAGUCCGGCCAACGUCGAGGAGAAGGCUAAAUUCGAUCUGUUCAUGCAGCUGCAGGAUCAGAACACGGUGCUGCUUCGGCUAUGCCAGGAACUGAGCCAAGAGUUGGUCGAAGUCAAGGAGGCUAAGGUGGCGUUGAAGGUGAUGCUGGAGAAACAGUUGAACGGAGGAGGGUAGUCUUCACAACAAUCGAGUAACAAUUGCCUAUGAUAAUAAUGCGCUUAACAUCUACUAUUUAAUUCCUUAAUAACGAAUAUGGUUCUUAGCGAUAUUAGCAACAUCUCCCAUUAAUUUUUGGGGGGGCGAAUUAACGCAUUUCUUUACAACAAAACAAGUUUUAAAACUUUCUUUCUCACCGCGUAAAUACAUACUUGAAUAUGUAUUAUAUGCGGAGAGAAAGAAUGAAGAUAUAGAAACAGAGAAAGGGAGAGAGAGAGAAAGUUAUAUACGUAGCAAUAAUAAUGAUUCCCCGUAUAUAUAUGCAGGGUGAUUCGCGUCCUGAAAAUCCUUCUCCGAGGACCAAUUAGUUUUUGCAAUAAGAUUAACCAAAGUUCACCAAAACCAUUCACAGAUCUCAAAUUCCAAUAACAGUUCAACGAGGCGCCAAUCUCCCUGUGUGUAGCUUUAAUUAUAAUAACAUACACAAACAAACAAACAAAAAAACAAAAACCUGUCGUAAACAUUGGCAACUAUCACACAAAAUGCUUCAGUUCAAUCGGAUUUCCUUAUUAUUAUCAUCAUUAUUUUGUUUUCUUAAUCAAAGGAACGAACGCGAAGGUGCGCGAAUUCAUUUCGCCGAGGAUGCUUUAAAAUUUACAUAUUCUUUUGAAAACCGUUUUGUACAUAGUGAUAUAUAUUAUAUUAUAAAUGAUAGACAGAGAGAUGCAGAUCGAUUUUAUUAUACAUUUUUCUAUUAUAAUUAUGUUUUUAUUCUCGAUUCGAUUACCGCAAAUUCGUCCAGUUCGGAAUUCGCACUGUUUUAUGUUUUUUUUUCCUUCUAUUUUGUAUUUUACAUAUUUUCUCCACUAUGUUCUGUGCUAGUUUCUAAAACUACUGAUCGAUUACUUUUGUUAUAUGAAGAUUGUUGUAGCCGUUGGAGGGGAAAUAAAUGUAUUUAUCUAAGAAAGAAAGAAAACAAAAACAAAACGCGAGACAACAAAAUCGUCGAUGAUUUUGAUCACGUCUGUAGACGUCGAAACGUAAACCAUUAAAAUACGUUGAAGGAGUAUUUAAGAGAAAAGAAAGAGUUUAUAUUAGCGAAGAGAUUCUCAAAUUCCGUUUGUCAUUAUUUUUUUCUUCUUGUUCUCUUCGAUUUUAUUUUAUAAACAAUUAUGUUUGAAAAUACAUUGAAUAAAAAGAAAUACAC